GAAAAAAAAAAACAUAACACACAUAACUUUCCCUUUCCUUUCUCCUAUCACUCCCGUUAGCUCUCUGUCCCUCAUUCCUCUUCUUCCAUUUCUUUUUCCUUCCUUUCCCAAAUCAACCAAUUUCAUCACCAAAUCAAUCAUCCUUAAGAAUAAUUGAUCAUCUAAGUAAAGCAACUUCAUAUUCAAGCUCUAUUGGUAUAAAUUUGGGGGUUAGGGUUUGUGCUUUGAAGUAGAAGGAGAAUACCCAUAUUGUGAGAGUUGCUCAUUGAGACUCUUUGAGAUUCGGUGGAAAUUGCUCCGGUGGUCAUUCGGAAAGGCAUCACUAGGAAUUGAGUUCUUUCGUCAUAUAUGUGAAACAAUUUUGGGUUGUAAGGAUUCAUAGAUAUGUGAAUAGGGAUUAAUUUUGCUAUAUAUUUGGAACUAAAACUUCAUUUCAGUUUUUUUUUUUUUUUUUCAAAUGCAUUCUUAUAGUUUUGGUUUGGUAAGUUAUAUGACAUUUAAUAGGUUGAAAAUGUGGCUUUGGUUCUCAAGAACUCCUAAUUUAAAUGGAUUUCAUGGGGGCUUAAACAAGAUUCAAAUGAUUGAAGUUGCAGUACAAGGUCCUAUAAAAAGUCUGAUGCAAAUAUGGACUUGAUGACAUCUACAUGGAUUGAUUACUGCAUAAACAUGAAGAAUGGACUACAUGUCAUGCUGAUUUAAUAAAUUUUCGGGCUUAAAUAUAUCCUAAGAAUUACCAUAAACCUCUUGAUGAAGUUUAAGCAGGACAACAAAAGCAUGAUCUCCAAGGUGGCAGCUCUAACAUACUGGAACGGAGGAGAUCGAUUGAUGGUUGGCAGGGCUUCUUGAAUGUGGAAUUGAAGGGAGUGAAGACUGUGGUGGUUGAUCUCAGCUUCUCUGUUCUCAUGCAGUUUGGUGAGGGUUAGUAUCACUGCUAUUAUUGAUACUAUAGCCGUGAUUAAAAACGGGGAGGUGGCUGAAAAGGGAAGACAUGAAGUGUUGAUGAAGAUUACUGAUGGUGUUUAUGCUUCAUUAGUAGCUUUUCAUUCAAGUGCAUGAUAAGAUAUUUCAUAUCAUCUUACCUACUCCUUUAACAUCUUCUAAGUUAUUCUAUAUCACAUGAACUGCAUGUAAAGUCUCAGCAUCAAUAUCAUAUGUUAUUUGAAAAUCCUCCUUAUCGUUUUUGUUGUUUAUUACUAUGACCAUUGAUCUGUAUUACAAUGUUAAUGAAAAUUCUACUGUGUGCCAAUUACAUUGCCAUGUUUAAUUUAGGAUGUGUUCAAGAUAUUUAUAUGAAAUUUGAAUGCUUGGCCUCAAUUGCUAUAACCUCUUGAUAGUUCCUUUUAAUUAUUUUCCUGUUAAUUGACUAAGUUGAAUUAUCAAAAGAAUGAACUUAUUAAAACCCUUUUUAGCUAUUAGAACAUCCAUUUUCUUUUCAGCUAUUAGAAUAUCCAUUUUUAAUCGCUCUUUCUCAGAUAGGUCCUUUAAUUUUUUCCCCAAAUUGAUGAUUUAUGUUACAUUCUGGUUGCACUGGCAGCCCUGUCUCCCAUCCUCAAUAACGACCAGAGCUACUGAAAGCAUGAAAGCGUCUGGUCAUUAGGGUCUCUGCUCACCCCUGCUCGAAUUUCUCAUCAAUUGGAGAGUUUACAUGGAUCAUUGAAGCUUGCCCUGUUCAUAUUCAUGUGGUAUCCCAAAACUAAGGCCUAGAGGCGGUCGAGGUGGAGGUCCUGCCUUGCUGAAUCGUGGCGAUGGAGGAUAUAUAAGUGGCUUCCUGAGCAUGAUCAAGACAUAAAGAAGACUUAUCAUCAUAAGGCAUCUGAUGGGUACCAAAAUACAAUGUAUCGGGUACGAAGAGGAAUGGACAAAGGCGAAUGGAUCCCUGCUCUAUUGCGUGAAAAAUUGGAACAAAAUUGGGAAGAUAGUAAAUGGAAGGACAAAGCAGCAGUUAAUAAGCGAAAUAGAAGAUCCUCUAAUGGUCCAUUGCACACUUGUGGGUCAAUUCCAACAAUUGAACAUUCUAAAAGAUUAAAAACUGACUCAAACAUGACUCCAAGUUGUUGGGAAGUGUAUCUAAAGACACACAAAAUGAAAGGUGAUCCAUCAAAGUGGGUAUCCUCCAAAUCUCAAAUGGUUGCGGAUGAAUAUGAAAGACGGAUUUUUGAAAGGAACUCACAACAAACAGAGGGGGAUGAUGUGUCUAAUGACCAUCAGUCAGACAACUUCAUCUUCUUGGACGUAGUUGGAGGAGUCGACAAGAAAGGACGUAUUUAUGGUUUGGGGACAGAGGCAGGAAAAUACAAGCCUUCUUCAUCCAGGUCAUCUGAUGGCAUCUCACCAUCUGAAUAUGAGCAUAUGAGGACUGCAAUAUCUAAAAUGUCAGCUGAAAACAUGGAACUCAAGGAGCGGUUAAAGACUAACGAGGAAUUGAUUCGUGCAUCACAGGAGGAGUCACGUUUAGCUCGAGAGCAGGCACAACAGUCACAGGAGGAUUCACGAUUGCUCCGAGAGCAGUUCCAGAAAUUAAUGGAGUCUUUUACACAAGACCAUUCGCAUCUACCUCCUUACCAACCUCAUCGUUCGAGUUAGGAUUAACAUCUGUGUCCACCUACUUGAUUAUUUAUCAUAUUAUUUUGAAAAUUUAAUUAUAACUUUUAGUUUAAAGUAAAUGUUCUAAUACUAUUUAAUAAUUAUUUCAAUAUAUUUUGAUACAAAAGAUAA